UGAAUUCCAAAGUCAGGGAUCCUAUAUUUUCCACAAUGCAACUGAAUGUUGUUUUUGUUGUUGUUGUUAGGGAACACCCCCCCCCCCCCCCCCCAAAAAAAAGAGCCCAGUUUGUAACGCAGGCUUUCUGUUCCAUGCUUUACAUGCCAAGCCCAGAAAGAGAGACUACGACAUCAUCAGGGUCAUGUUUCUCUGACUUUAAAACUCUCCCCACAGAGCUGAAUAUCUGAUCUCCAUGUAUGAAAUCAGUGGUGUGUCCCUUUUUAGAAACAACACUCGAGCCUUAUUGUUAUGAUUCAUACAAGUUUAACUUUAGAUUUUGAGAUUGCACAAUGAUGACUGACCAUUAAUGUCACGACUGUGUGAUUGAGACUCAUGACCAUGAACCUGACCCUUUUGUCUAACAGAAGGCCAAUAUUUCAAAUGUACAAAGUACUGAUGGAUUGAAAAGAAAUGGGCUACUUGACAUCAGAGGCCAGUUGAGGUGAUAAAAUUCAGAAUUAAUAUCACGUCAGUGUCAAUUUGUUUUUCUGGUUGACACAAGCACAACUGUGAUGGAAAAAUAUAUCUUGCCAUCAUUUUUCACUUGUAGGCAAACCUAAUUAUUUUUAACUUCCAAAUGAUAGAUGAAUAUUUGUAUAAGCAUGAUUUAGAGGACAAGUGGGUUCCUUGAAUCACUCGCCAUGAGAGGAACUUACCAACAAAGAGGAACCAAAUGAAUUUGAUUAACUGUAUUGGAACUCACGUUUUUAAAGCCACUCCUAAUCACGGCUUGGUUAUUCUUCUAAUAAAACAUAGACUACACUCGAGGUAUGUAGGCCUACAUUUAAUUUAAUAACUAUUAAAACUUUAAGACAAAACAUAUCUCUAGAUACUCCCGAUGAUGACACGGUGCACCAGCGCGCUUUUACGCGUGAAGUUGUCUGUGUGUCUUAAAGGCUGCUGAUAGCUCAUUAAAAAGCUUUUGUUGGCGCAUUUAUUUAUUCCACUGAAAGCUAAACCUGUUCAGCUGACCAGCGUGGGGACACAGCUUGGCAUAAUCCAUUACACUAUUAUGUGCUUUCGUCUAUAAUUAAGGAUAUUUUUUUGAGAUCCUCAGACCAAGGUUGAACUGUGUUUUUGCUCGUCUGUUAGUGUAAUAAAUUGCAUUAUGUAUUUGUAAAUAUGACAUCGACAGAGCUCUUAUUGUGAAUAAAGGAAGUUUUAUCACAGGACUCAAAUCAAUCAUGGAGCACUUUGUGCGAGCUGAACGCUCCUUAUCAGUCUGCAGGCGGUUAUGUUAUGCAGCUGGGUAUUUCCUAAACGACCUGUGCGCCUCUAUGUGCUUCACCUUUCUGCUGGUCUACCUCCACUCCGUGCUCGGCUUCCAGGGCAGCUAUGCAGGUGUGCUGCUGCUGAUUGGUCAGAUAGCGGACGGAGUCUGGACGCCUCUGGUUGGAUAUGAAUCUGACAGAAUAGCGUGCUUUUACGGCAAGACAAAAUCCUGGCACCUAUUGGGAACUAUUUGUGUUGUUGCAUCUUUCCCCUUCAUUUUCAACCCCUGCCUGGCCUGUAACAACAACACUCCUCAGUAGGCUCGGGUUCUUUACUUCUCCCCCUUCGUCAUCGUCUUCCAGCUCGGCUGGGCAGCCGCUCAGACCUCACACCUGUCCCUGAUCCCAGAGCUCGUGUCCAAUGGGAGCGCCAAGGUGGAGCUCACCGCGUACAGGUUGGUUGGACUGUUGUUGGUGCUGGUCUGCGCCACCUGUGAGUUUGUGGACCAGAGCAUGGGAGUUGAGAUGAUCUAUGGAGCAGCCGCGCUGCUGGGAGCCGGUUCAGCUCCAAUCCUGGUCAUGUCUCUGUCUAUGACGGCCAAACUCAUCGGGGAGCAGACGCAAAGUGGAGCCUUUGUUUAUGGAUUGAUGAGCCUCACAGACAAGUUUGCUAAUGGUGCAGGGGUUGUCCUCAUCCAGAGCAUGCGACCAUGCAGCACAGAUGACUGGUUCCCAGACUGUGUUUGGUUUUAUCGUGACGUCAUGGCGAUAGUAACCGGGGCCGUGGGCUUGGCUACAGCACUUUGCCUGUUCACUCUUCUAAUCUGUCCAAUCAGGAUAGGGAGAGGUUAGGAUUCAAAAUCUGCACUACACAUGCCAUGCUACCACCUAGUGUAUGAAUCUGUAACUACUUUGCUUUCCUAUAGGACAGGGGUCUUCAACAUUUUUAAGACCAAGGACUC